AUGUUUAUUCGUAAUAACUGUUCAAACAGUUUUGCCGAGUAUUUAUUAAGCUCUUGUGAUAUGGGACACUUUGAUAGAGUUUAUGGAGUAGAAAAGGAAAAAACUAAAAUUAUUAUUGAAGAUGAUGAUAUACUUGUUGUGUUUCAUGUAGAUAACUUUGAUUUAAUAUUUUCCUAUAAAAGGAUGAAGGUUGUACGAGCUGUUUUUACAAAUCAACAUUAUACAGCAACUGGUUUCACAUUUAAAAAACAAAAACUUGUAUUACAAAAGUUCACAGUAUUUGAUAAUGUAAUAUUUAAUAUGGACGACGGAUUCUGUUAUGAAUCUGUUUUUAACACAAUAACAAGUAUUGACCCUUUUGAUGAUGAGAAUGUUUAUAGUUGUUGGGCUUUUCAGUCACAUCCCUCAAAAGACGGUUUUUUUAAUAAUCCAAUUAGAAACCCAGAUGGACACGUAAAUGACUACACUUCAAUGUCAAAGUAUCGUACUGUAAGUCUAGAUCCCUAUGUGAUAAAUUCAAACGAAGGUCUUUUACAAGUUCUGAUGAUGCUAGAUUCAAAGUAUCCAAAAGACAAAAUGAUAAUGCUUAAGGUUGAUGUAAACAUUUUUCAAAGAGUUUACAAGAUUAUUCAACUGUCUCAUAAUUAUACUAAUUUUAAACACUAUUCACAAAGAUUUAUCUGUGUAAACGGUUUCUGGCACGUUUAUAAAAUGGGAUCAAUUGUAACUUGGAGACUAUUUGGAAAAAACUAUUUAUUGCGCUUAUUGAAAGCUGCUUAUCCCAAUGUGACCAGCUAUCUUGAAAAAUCAAUGGGUUUACAACAACUAACUGAUAUAAUUAAUGUUGUUUCUCUUGCUUACUACACUCUACCUGAUGAUUGUUAUGUUAGAACUACUACGAUAGCUGCCAAAAACUUUACAAUUCUUUUUGAGACAAUUUUACCAGCCCUUAGAAGUUAUUAUUAUGCAUUGAGAGUUGGAAAUUGGAAUGAAUUUUCAUUAUCUAGAGAUGUAUUAACAUACCUAUUUAUUUUGGGAAAACAUAACUUGUAUAGGAAUGCAGAAAUAUUCCAAUCUUUGUUAUUUGAAUUUUGGAAGAAGAAGUCCAAAACGUUUCAUGACUUUUUUACGGAAAAUUUUACUAUGUUCUCCGAAGAAAUUGGAGAAAUUGCAUUUGGGGUUAUGGCUGCGAAUUCCAAAAAUUAUACUGAAGAUAAGAUUUUAGAUUACAAAAAUAAGAAAUUUGUAAUGCUAAACAAGACGUUAGAAUUGAAUGAAGUUUACAAGGGAAAAUGCAUUCAUGGUUAUGAUGGAUUAUCUGUCAAUUCAUCAGAAGUUAUUGCCUGUAGAAAUGAAUUGAAAUUGAUUAUUGACGAAUUGAACAAUGAUAUUUUCAAGGUACAAGAUGUAACAAUUACUAGAAAACAAUACAAGCUGAAGGAUACUUUAGUUGAAUUAGAUGUGAACAAAGAGGAAAAAUUGUUUUUAGAUGAUACUGUUUUGGAGUUUAACAGAUCCUUCAUCAAAGCAAGGAAAAACUUUAACAACAAGAAAAAGACAAAUGGUUUUAACGAGGUUCUUAGAGCUAUGGAUUUAAAAUUAACUGGAACAAAUUGA